AUGUUGUCCAGAGUUAUUGUCAAGCCAGCUGUAUUCACACGCAGCUUUGCAUCUACAGCAAUAAUAAGGAAUUCAGAAUUAGCUAAACCUACAGACUCUGCCGGUAAAGAAAUUGUUUCAGGCGCCCCAAGAGAUCUUGUUACAAGCAGGGUUGUUAGGAUAUAUCAAGAAGCCAAGCCAGCUACACAAUCGGGUCAUCAUAAUGGCCACAACUGGAAGUUAGAUUGGGAUGUCUUGGGUAAAGGAAACAGAUGGGAAAACGAUUUGAUUGGUUACCAAUCAUCUUCUGAUUACAUGCAAGGAACUAUCAUGAAAUUUGAUACUAAAGAAGCUGCAAUCAGAUUCGCUGAAAACCAAGGAUGGGAUCAUUAUGUUCAAGAACCUAAGAAAUUACAUUUUAGAAAGAAGGAAUAUGCUGCUAAUUUUUACCAUUCGCCAGGCCCAUUGAAACAUAUCAGAACUAAAUAA